AUGACCCAACUACCUUCCGUAUCCGAAUUAAUAGGUUCAACUAGGGUCGAAUCAGCAACUGGCACAGCAAUACAGACUUAUCCCCAUUCAAGUUCAUAUCAUGACCACAGUCACAGGAAGGACUCGACUACCUCCAUUUCAUCGACUGCCAUUUCAAACGAUGGGUAUAGAAGACAAUCCACCGAUCAAGCAAGACAACAAAGACUACCGUCAAUUUCAAACACCAUUUUAACGACAAGCAGCAAAGCAAAUUCACUCGAAACAUCACCGCGUUCUUCAGUUCAUCUACCGAGUAUUUCUUAUUCCUUAAUUUCACGCAAUGACAAUAACAGCAACAACAACAAUAACAUCAGCGGGAGUACGCAUAGUUUGGAAUCGCCACCAUCUUCGCGAAGGCUGACGGAGUCUACAAUCCAUGGACCAUGCAAUAACCCAGGUGUUGUGCUAGCUCUUCAACGUUCUAGUUCGGGAAAUUACUUGUCCAAUCAACCUUUUACAUUUCAACCUGAGCUGCAACUGCAACUGCAGCCGCAGCUGCAGCAGAAUCAGUAUCAGCACCCUAACCAACAACAAUGCGGAGAGCACCAGAAGUCAAACAAUGUACGGCCACCGGUUGGCUCACCAAUAGGAAGUUCGGAUGCUCUUCAACCGUUACAAAUGUACACCAAGUCUCCUGCGAAUUUGCUGAAGCAACCACCAUCAGUACAGCAACAACAGUCGCUACCUCACAUCCAGUCUAAAUCAACUACAGUCUCCCCCACACAUAACCCUCAGUCACAAGGAGUUUUCUCAGACAAUGUCAAUAUUCCUGUUGUUCCGCAGCGUAUUAAUGUACCACCGGCACCACCGUUGCAUGUAAGCCACGGUUUUCAAAUGUCCAGAAGUGCACCAACAAGCACAACUACUCCUACGUAUCAGCAUUAUUAUUAUCAUCAUCACACUGCACUGCCACAGGAUAGUGUGCCGGGACAGGUAGGACAAACUCAAGAGCAGCAUUAUGCACAGCAUCCUCAACAACCUACUUUGAUACAGGCUCAUACUACGCCACCACCUCCACAGCAACCACCUACACAACCCAUGCAGCCAGCGCAUCACCAAGGUGCCGUGGUUGCUGGUCCUGGAUACUACAUUGUUCAACAACCGCAGCAGAUACCACUUCCACCAACUGCCCCACUUCAACAAGUACAAGCAUUUGCUCAUCCAAUACCUCCACAAGCAGUACAUUCUCAAGUUCCGCCAUUCCAGCCCCAGCCUUGCGUUCAGGAUCAAAUAUCGUACGAUCCACAUCGAUCACAGCCUCCAGGAACAUUAAUUGGGCCACCUAUGUAUGCCUACGGCGUGCCCUAUGCCGACGAGAACAAUGCACUAGUCAACAAACGUAAGAUUAUCAAGCGAAGAACAAGAACGGGCUGUCUAACUUGCAGAAAAAGAAGGAUAAAAUGUGACGAGAGGAAGCCAUCGUGCUUCAAUUGUGAGCGCCUGAAGAAAGUUUGUUUGGGAUAUGAGAAUUUGUCGAAUUUGCAACCGAGGAAAAGGAUCAGAGAUACAAGUUUAGACUUGCCAGUUGGUGCUGUAUCAAAUCUACAUACUCAUCAACCUUGA